UCGCAACCAAUCGCGCCCAGCCAACGUCUUUGUUCAGGAGAGAGGACCAAGCUUCCUACCUCAUCGUGGAGUUCCCUCAAUUGGGCGAUUCUCGGGGCAUUGUCUAAAUUCUGGCGAAAACGGCAUAGCCACCGUCUGAAGGUGGGCUUUGUUCACCCAUCCAUCCACUUCUUCACCAGCCAGUUCCAUUCAACAGAGCACAAAACCUCUCCUCUGAUGAAUCGAUGAAUUCGAAUUGAAACCGUCAUGCCACCGAACUACCAUAAGCAUCCGGACCCUGCAAUGGACUCCUCCAACCUCGACGAGGACUCCGAUCUGGAGGACAAUAUUGAAAAACAGGAGGUUGUAUGGACAAUAACAUACCCCAAAAAGCCAAUUGCGAACAGCAGCCAGCGAAUCCGGAAGCUUUGGAACGAGGCGCAGAAACACGAGUCCAAUUUCCAUGGGAAGGGCCAGAGCAAGGAGGCUUUGAAUUUAAGGUAUAUCGUCGAGCCGAGCACGCCGGGUCCUUGGCUGGGGAUGCAAAAUUACACGAAAUGUACCAUUGAGAAUGUGGACUACCGAAAGAACGACUUCGUAUACGUUCGCCCUCCGGGUCUCGAGCUUGAUGGCGAUGACGAUGAGAGGAAGUUCUAUGUCGCGCAUAUACUGGAGAUACGGGCGAAAGAUCCACGCCACGUGUAUGCGCUCGUAGCAUGGAUGUAUUGGCCAGAUCAACUGGUUAAUGCGCAUGUGGGUGGAGAGAAGCCCAUGUCUCUCCGGCGCUGGUAUCACGGGAAGCACGAGCUGAUCGCCAGUAAUCACCUUGAUAUCGAGGAUGUUACUAGCCUGGCGGGGCACGCCCCAGUCGCUCAAUGGCUCGAAGAAUACGAUGACAAGAUUCAAGAAAGUUUAUACUGGAGACAGACCUUUAAUGCAAUCACCGGAAACCUUUCGGGUCUCCGAAAGCACUGCAUCUGCAAGAAAUACUACAACCCAGACGUCAUCCUGGUAGCCUGCUCGAACAAAGAGUGCGAUAUUUGGAUGCACGAGGAGUGUAUUGUCAACGAUGCACUGACAAAAGCGCAUGACGCUCUCCCCACGGAGCCCGAGAAAAAUAAAAAUAAAAAAAGGAGUGCGAAGCGUCUCUCGGUAGACAAACUACCUCAAGAUUUGAGCUAUAAAGACGCGGCCUAUAGAAAGCGCCUCACCGGGAAGGUUGUAGACGACGGAAACAAAAUACGCAUCAUAGACCUGGUUAACAAGAAGAUCUCAACGGAAAAACUUUGCUGCUUAAAGUGCAGCACCGCGCUGGGAUGAUCUUCUGAGUUUGCAGGAGAACAUGCGCGUUGAGGACUAAUGACUGAUGCCUAUGAUGCCAAUCGUGGGAGCGAUUUUUUUAUUUUCGAGACAUUGUUGCGAAACGGAUACCCAAAGGAAUGGCUGGAGUUAUAUUUUGGAGGUCGCUAUCGAUGCUGUUGCUGGGACAUAUCGUGGAAGGGAGGCUAUUAAAUUUGAUGAGCACAGGUGGCUAGGAGUUUUGGGCAUCAUCCAUGGGCUUGCUUUGGGAAUUUUAUAGCCGGCUAUGUGAACUAUUAGGGAAAUGAAUAAUGG